AAUUAGGGUUUGUAAAAGUGAUCGAUCAACAUCAUCAUCGAGAGAGAGAAUGGGUGGUUCGGUGCGAGACGUGAAGUCAAAGUCGGAGUUGGAUGAGGUGGUUCGCGGCGGUUCUCCGGCGGUGCUUCACUUCUGGGCGUCAUGGUGUGAAGCUUCCAAACACAUGGACCAACUCUUCUCUCAUUUGGCCAUUGAUUUCCCUCAUACCCAUUUCUUAAGGGUUGAAGCUGAAGAACAACCAGAGAUAUCUGAGGCUUAUUCUGUCUCUGCUGUUCCUUUUUUUGUCUUCUUCAAGGAUGGCAAGACCGUUGACACAUUGGAGGGAGCUGAUCCAUCAAGUUUAGCCAACAAGGUUUCAAAAGUAGCAGGCUCAAUUAACUCUGGAGAUGCCGCUUCUCCUGCUAGUCUUGGGAUGGCCGCAGGAUCCGCCGUUCUUGAAACAGUGAAAGAAUUAGCGCAAGACAAUUUAUCUUCAAACGAAAAAAGUAAAGUUCAACCAGGGCUUAGUAGUCAUCUGAAAAAGCGAUUGCAGGAGCUCGUUGACUCUCAUCCUGUCCUGCUUUUCAUGAAAGGGAGUCCUGAAGAGCCAAAAUGUGGAUUUAGCAGAAAAGUUGUUGAUAUUUUGAAGGAAGAGAAGGUUAAGUUUGGAAGUUUUGAUAUCCUCUCGGAUUCAGAGGUUCGUGAGGGCUUGAAGAAGUUUUCCAAUUGGCCCACAUUUCCUCAGCUUUACUGCAAAGGAGAACUUGUUGGUGGGUGUGACAUAGCAAUUGCUAUGCAUGAGAGUGGGGAGUUAAAGGAUGUUUUCAAAGAUCACGGAAUUGAUACCGUUGAUGAAACAAAUAUAACAGAUUCAGGAAACACCAAGGGUGGCAUCUCUAAAUCUACGGAUUUGAGUACAAAUUUAGCCUCUCGGCUGGAUGGCUUGGUCAAUUCAGGCUCAGUUAUGCUGUUUAUGAAGGGAAAACCAGAUGAACCUAAGUGUGGUUUCAGCAGGAAGGUAGUUGAAAUUCUCCGACAAGAAAAUGUUCCGUUUGAGAGUUUUGACAUUCUUACUGAUGAAGAAGUCCGUCAAGGACUCAAGGUUUAUUCAAACUGGUCCAGUUAUCCUCAACUAUAUAUCAAGGGGGAGCUUAUUGGUGGAUCAGACAUUGUGUUGGAGAUGCAAAAAAGUGGGGAACUUCAGAAAACUUUACAUGAGAAAGGGGUUCUUCCAAAAGAGACCAUUGAAGAUCGUUUGAAGAAAUUGAUUGCCUCUUCCCCUGUGAUGCUCUUCAUGAAGGGUACCCCUGAUGCUCCAAGAUGUGGUUUUAGUUCCAGAGUUGUAAAUGCCCUCCGAGAGGAGGGUGUGGUGGAUUUUGGUCACUUUGAUAUAUUGAGUGAUGAUGAGGUAAGACAGGGAAUUAAGGUAUUCUCAAACUGGCCUACUUUUCCUCAGCUUUACUACAAAGGUGAGCUGAUAGGCGGUUGCGAUAUCAUUAUGGAGCUGCGAAAUAAUGGAGAGCUGAAGUCAACUUUAUCUGAGUAGGAUUAUUGUUAAUUCUUAGAAUAAUUGGGAUUGUAUCUUAUAAGCCACUAUAGCUGAGGGUGUUGUUAAUUUUGGUGCCAUGAGGCUUUGUUUUUGACAUUGUAAUGUUCUGCGUGGUUACUCUAUAUAUUGUUUGAUAUGAGGCUAUUUUAUUUUAUUAAAAGUCUGAACUUGUUUUCCC